UCAGUACUAAUUUCUCCCGUGAAUCGACGUCGGGUUGUGGCUCGUGAAAUUGAGAUUAUUAUUAAUCAUCACUCUUUAGUGAGAACUAGUCCUAGUGGUAACGUGUAAUAACUUCAUAUCCACUUAAAUACCUACAUUUAAAAAUGGAAGAACAAAAUGUUAAAUUAUUUACCCGCGAAGAGCUGCAGUGUCGGAACUCUCGCGAAGAUUGCAUACUUGUAAUCCACAAUGGUGUUUACGACGUCACUAAGUUUUUAGAAGAGCACCCUGGUGGUUUGGAAGUCCUCAUGGAGCUGGCCGGGCGGGACGCCACCGAGCCCUUCGAGGACGUCAGCCACAGUUCUGACGCAAGAGCGUUGAUGAAGAAAUACAAAAUCGGCGAGCUGGUGGAGGCGGACCGCACUCAGAGCAAGGCGGCCUUCUCCCCGCAAUGGAGCAACGACCAGCCGCAAGAGCAGGGCAACUCGUGGAGUUCCUGGGCAAUCCCCCUGCUGCUGGGCGUGGCCGCCACCGUGCUGUACCGGUACCUCUUCUUGUAGUGACCGCCGCCCCGGCCCGCCCCGCGCGGCCCCUCUGCUCCACACAGCAUGUGGGGGUUAGCGGCACGUUAGCGGUUCAUUAUGUAAGGAGGGACUCGAUCCUCUGUGAGGGUCAACUAAGUUAUACAUGCAUUUAGUUAUACUAAAUAAAGUUCAUAGUGACAUGGUAAUAAGGAUUUGUAAACAUAAUUUACCACGUUGCUAUGGUUACGCGCAAACACCUAAAAGCAACGCUAACUCUCGUAGUUCGUACGUUUGCAACAAAUGCCACUUUAUAUUUUUUUACAUUUCCUAUUGUGCUGCUUGUGCUCUUUUACACGCACGACAUGUGCAAAUUGUCAUUUGUAAAAAAUAAAUUUCAGUUUUAUUUCAUUGUGCUAAGGUCUGUUAUCUAUUAGGACGACUAACAAAUAUGUAGGUGCUUGAAUGUUAAAGGAAAUAGUGUUACUUGUACGAUCGGCCUUACACAAUAAGAUUUAUUACAUUCUGCGAUGAUCCAUCGUGAGUGACUUAUGCAAUAAUGUUUUAGUGUGCAAAAUAGCACAGCAAAUUAAUAGAAUAUCGAUGCAUAUUGUAUAUCGUAGAAAGCUGCGAUAUUUUUAGCACAUUCAUUCUUUGUGUGUGAAAUAUGAAUGUUAUCUAUUCACGAUUAUAACGCUUUGUAGUCGUAACGUGAAUGGGAUGUCAAAAAGGCUAAAGGAAGUGAAGUUGUUGAUCAAAUUGGUGGUGAUAACUCGGAUCCAAUCUUUGCAUAGUAUGUGACUGCAAUAAUUCCAUAAUAUCGUAACUGGUAUCAUUUGAAAAAUAUUCCCAACAAUUUCUUAUGUUCACAUGUGAAACUAUUUUAAUGGUUAUAGUUCUCUUAGCAAACGUAAUGAAUAAUUCGGAAGCUUGCUAUUAUAUAAUUGUUACUGUGGGUUGUUUGAAGCUAUGCACAUGGAAAUUGACAACAUUUCAAAAUUUUAAGCUACUUGUAUUUUUUUCUUUUAAUUCAAAACUGGAUUAAAAAUAACAUUAAGUACCAAUAUAUUUUACUUUUUCAAGCAAAAUAUGCUAUAUAUUAUAUUAAAAUAAAAUAUUUUCCGUGGUCACAAUAAGAAAAUAAAGAAAUUAUUUAAUUCUUGUGCGUUCUUAUGAAACAUGAAAUGUUGUCGAUUUCUAUCUCUAUUUAUAUUGUUUACGUCCGUAAUAUUAUACAUUUACGGUUUUUAAGUUACAAUAAUAAUACAAGUUUUUAAGUGACAAAUUCGUUCAUAGAAAGUUAUGUGUUUCCAGCAUAUAACUUCACUCUAUGGUUACGUGGCUAUGAUAUGUCGUUUACUGAAUCUGCAAUUGUUUUAUAAUAAAAACUAUUUAUUUAAAAAGAAACUGUCGUUUAAUAAAAUAGGCAUUGGUAGAAAUAAUAUGGUGUCUAUUGUGAAUUAACAAUAAUUAAUUUCUGGAGUCAAGUUUAACUGUAUAUUUGUUUUCUGGUUCAUCUAUGUAGGCUUGGAAGAAAGACAAAGUAUAACAAUUAAUUUGUCUCCGCUUGUACCAUAACAUAAAACCAAACAAUGACUGAUAUUAUGUUUUAAAUAAGUAGAUUACUUUUAAAAACAUAUACUUGUGCUUUUUAACUUUGUGAAUACAAUUUUGGGGUUUAAUUUUUCUUAUUUUUUGUUAUAAAUUACCAACUGAAUUUUAUUUAAAAGUAAUAAUAAGUUUUUUUUAUUAAUAUGUUCCACAAUGGUUAAUGAUACGCAGACUGUGCAGACGCAGAAUAUGGCGUCAAGCAUGCCUUUUCACUUGCUCUUUGGCACGUGACCUGAUGCUAUCUCGCUCGUUCGUAUGGGCGUGAGCGUUAACUAUACAUAAUAAUUUUUAUUUUAUUGGCAAGAGUUGUUAUUUGGGAAAGAGAGCUUGAAAAUAUGGUGAGCGUAAGUGAUUUAGGGUAGUUGGGUGCUACAAUGUUUCUGCUGAAGUGCAUUUAUUCUAAGUGUAAGUGCGUAAAGAUAAAUAGGUUCAAAGUGAAUGAGCACUUAUGGUGGUAUGCCAAGACAUACUGGUAAGACGAUUUUAAAAAUUGACUUUCAUAUAAGAACGACUGACAAAAUCAGAGUGAUCACUUCAAUGUUUUGAUCAUAUUAUGAUUAUGUUAAUUGAAAUAUUAUAAUUGGGCGAGAUACCGUAUUAUUGUAUUCGAAAUUAGUAUAACUACUUUAAAUACUGCAUAAAAGAUCUUUUUUUUUCUGGUAAACAGAAUUCAACUUUAUCUCUCACUUUUGUACCCUUUCUAUAUGGUAAUUAGAUUUUUUUAUAUAUUACUUCUGAACUAAAUUUCAGAAUUAUGUAUACACAUCUGGAAUUUUUAAUAUUAUAAAUAACCCUCAUAUUUGAUGCUGUAUUUCUAUUUGAUAUAUAAUAAUGGCAGGUUUUUGCUAUAAUCAGCAAAUCAGAAAUCACCAUAAAGGUAUAUAAUCCAUUUUCUAUACCAUAGAUUAAUAUUAAAUUAGUGUAGUAAAAAUGCCUUUUAAUGUUUCUAAGGUAAAGGAUAUGCUAUCUAUUGAAUUUGGGUUUGUUUGAAUAAUUUUUAAUAAUAAAAUAAAAAUAUAUUAGUAAA